AGGAAGGCUGCGUGCAACUCCAUCCUGUUUUUGGCAAGUGUAGCGGCUCGCCACGAAGACAAUGCAGAGCAUGCUAACUGCUAACUGUGCGCGGGUUUAAGAGUGAUCCUACAGUGGAAAAUGGGGAAUUCAGAAAGCCAAUACAGUCUUCAGGGAUCAAAAAAUCAUGCUGCUGCUACAGCUGGUGCCAAGCAGAAGCCUUGCUCUCUGAAAAUUCGCAGCAUUCAUGCUAAAGAUGAAAAGUCUUGCUCUGUGCAUGGAUGGGGACAUACCAGUAGCAGCUCAAACUACAAAUCGAGGUCCCUUGCCAGAAGCUGCCUUUCGCACUUCAAGAGUAGUCAGCCUUAUUCAUCUAGACUCGGUGACACUGUGGUGAAGGUCUCUAAAAGCAAUGCCCAUGCCAAACACAGAACAAACGCCUCAGGGGACUACUGCCAAGGAAAUAAUGCAGUGUUUUUGCCCGAGAACGGUUUCCACUAUAUUGGCCUUCAAGGUGGAAGUAAUCAUGCUGCCUCUCGAGAAUGCAAUGGACACAUUUUAAAUUGCUAUGGAAAGAACGAGAGUCUUGCAUCAACCUCCCCAUCAGAGGACAGGAGGAGUCCGAAAGUUCUCAUUAAAACACUGGGGAAGCUGGACGGUUGCUUGAGGGUCGAGUUCCACAACAGCAGCAACAGCAAGGUACUGACUGAGGAGUCCAGUGGACCGGUCCAGUUGCUGAGGUAUUCGCCUGCCUUGGAAUCUAAGCCGAAUAACCUACUCGACGUCAGGAGGAACUCCAGCGCAGAUUGUUCUUCAAGCCAUCGUCUGUCACCUACUGAUUCAAGGCUUCGAUCGAGUAAAGGAAGCUCGCUCAGCUCUGAGUCUUCAUGGUAUGACUCUCUCUGGGGAAAUGCUGGGGAUAUCAAUGAGUUGGAUGGUCCGUAUUUGACCAGGAGCACUCCAGAUACAAGCAUUCAUGCCAGUUUCCCAGCAAGUGACAACAAGAAGUCCUUCAACCAAAGUUCAUCUCUUUCCUCACUCCGAGAUCUCUAUAAGGAUACAAAUUUGGAAAGCACCCCUCCACCUAGGAUCAGGCUGUCUGAUGAGUAUAUUGACACUCACGGUAGCCUAAGCAAUCGUGUCUCAUUUGCCUCAGACAUUGAUGUUCCCUCCAGGGUAGAGCAGGGAAGUCCUGCACAUUACUCCUCCUAUACGCUCCCAUGCAGAAAGUCCAAGCCCCUAGGUGAGGAUGCAUCCAAGAAGGAUACAUUAAAAAACCGAAUGCGGCGCAUCAGUGACUGGACGGGAAGUCUCUCGAGGAAGAAAAGGAAGCUGCAGGAGCCAAAGUGUAAAGAUGGGAGCGAAUACUUUGACAGCAGAAUGGACAACUUCACCACAGACACGCUGGCACCAUCGCAGCUCUCCGCUUUGCUGUGGUCACCUGGCUCCAGCCACGUCCUGUCCCAGAGAAGCGAGUCCACCAAUGCUGUCAGCAGCGAUGCCCUGAGGCAGAACAUAUACGAAAACUUCAUGCGGGAGCUGGAGAUGAGCAGGACGAACCUGGAGAACACAGAGACCUCUUCGGAAACGGAGGACUCCAGUGGCGAGUCCCUCAGCUCCUUGGAGCAGCUGGAUUUGUUGUAUGAGAAAGAGCAAGGAGUGGUGCGCAAGGCAGGGUGGCUGUUCUUCAAACCCCUGGUGACCCUGCAGAAAGAGAAGAAGCUGGAGCUGGUCACACGGCGAAAGUGGAAGCAGUACUGGGUCACACUCAAAGGUUGUACUCUGCUGUUUUAUGAGACCUAUGGAAGGAAUUCGAUGGAGCAGAGCAGUUUGCCUCGAUAUGCCCUCUUUGCAGAAGACAGCAUAGUACAGUCUGUUCCAGAACAUCCCAAGAAAGAAAACGUGUUCUGUCUCAGCAAUUCUUUUGGUGAUGUCUACCUAUUUCAGGCGACAAGCCAGACAGAUCUGGAAAACUGGGUUACUGCCAUACAUUCAGCCUGUGCUUCCCUCUUUGCGAAGAAGCUUGGGAAAGAGGACACUGUUAGGCUGCUGAAAAAUCAAACCAAGAGUCUUUUCCAGAAGAUUGACAUGGAUAGCAAGAUGAAAAAGAUGGCGGAGUUGCAGCUCUCAAUUGUUAGCGAUCCAAAAAACAGGAAGGCCAUAGAGAAUCAGAUCCAGCAAUGGGAACAGAACCUGGAAAAAUUUAACAUGGACCUUUUCCGAAUGCGGUGUUACCUAGCCAGUUUGCAAGGUGGGGAGCUCCCAAACCCAAAGAGCCUUUUGGCUGCUGCCAGUCGUCCUUCAAAAUUGGCACUGGGGCGGCUCGGCAUUUUCUCCGUCUCAUCCUUCCAUGCACUGAUCUGCUCCAGGGAUGAAGCUGCUCUCAGGAAACGUACCCUAUCUCUUUCACAAAGAGUCCGAAAUAAGAAGGGUUUAUUUUCUUCGCUAAAAGGACUGGACACAUUGGCAAGAAAAGGAAAAGAAAAGCGACCUUCCAUAACUCAGCAAGUCGAUGACUUUUUGAAUGUCUAUUGCUCAGUGCCAGAGAGCAUCCAGAAGGAGAGUGCUUGGGAAACACAAACGUAUGUUCACUUCUGUGACGGCCAAGGAGUGGCACUGACCCUCAAGCCAGAGCACAAGGUGGAAGAUGUUUUGUCUUUGGCAUGCAAGAUGAAACAGCUGGAGCCAAGACACUAUGGCCUACAACUCAGAAGACUGGUUGAUGAAAAUACUGAGUAUUGUGCUCCUGAACCAUACGAAUACAUAGUAGACCAGGAAAGUGUGUAUGAUGAAAUAGAAAUUUGUCCGUUAAAUGUUUAUCACAUUCAUCUUACAAAGACUGAAAACAUGAGUGAUUUUGGCUUUGCUGUCACAGCACAAGUUGAUGAAAAUCAGCAUCUCACCCGUAUAUUUGUAAGUGAUGUUCUCCCUGAUGGACUGGCAUACAAGGAAGGGCUCCGAGUAGGCAAUGAAAUCCUUAGCAUAAAUGGAGAGGCUGUGUCUGAUCUUGACCUCAGGCAGAUGGAGUUGCUGUUUUCGGAGAGAAACGUAAUGCUCACUCUGAGAAUGAACCAUUACGGGACCCAGCAACCCUUAUGUGCAUCCUGGUCAGAUGGCGACAUUUCCAGGGAACCAAAGAGUUUGUUGCCCCCUCCAAACCAGUCACAGCUUCUGGAAGAGUUUCUAGAUAACUUCAAAAAGAACACAGCAAAUG